AUGGGUUUUGUGCCUUCAGCGGUGCCUGCGCUGCUCCUGCUGCUCAUCGUUGUGACAGCUCGUCUGACAGAACCGAGGGCACCGCGGCGCAGAGUAAAACUGGACCAAGGCUUGGACGGGUCUCUCCGGGGUUCUCUCCAUGACCACAGAAACAAACCCAGUCCUCAGCCCGGAGACGGGCCGGAGCCGGGCGACGUCGCGGCUGCGUUCACUGUCCCAACUCUGGAUGGGACGUUCUCGUACGAGCCCGGAGCCCUCAAAGGGUCUCUGGUCAUCCACGCCUUCACCAACAAGUCCGGCUUCCUGGAGUGUCUGUGGAGCUCCGAGUCGUCCCUGACCAGUCUGCUCGAAGGUCUCCCUGACAGUACCCAGGUUCUGGUUCUGUCCCUGGACGAGUCCGCGGCCACUGAUGUUCUGUGGAUGAGAGAUCAGCUGCAGCGGGUCGCGAUGCGCAGCAGGAAGGAGGUUCUGACCCAGUUGCACUUCUCCCCGGUCCCGCUCUUUGCUCUGGGUAACUGGAUUCCCAGUGUGUUUUAUUACUGGGGCUGCUGGGGUCACAACUGUGGGCUGUCUCAGGCCGUUUUCACCUCUGACGGAUGGAAGACGCCCGUCGUCAUCAAGAGACUGGAUGCCAGGUACGACUGGCUGAUGGGCCGCUGGAGUCCAGACUCCUCUCAGCUGGUCCAUGCAGGAGACGGGUGUAGACCUUCAGCCUCGCUGGGCGGCGCCGUGGCCUGGGUGUCCGAGGGCAACUGCUCUUUCUUCACUAAGGUUCGGAGCAUGGCUAAGUCCAACGCCUCCGGAGUCCUCGUCUUUUCGCUCCCUGGAAACCCGAUCCAGGACAUGAACUGCGCCGAAGACGAGUGCUACGUUCCUCUUAGCAUCCCGGCUGCCAUGGUGCACAUGGAGGUUUCGGUCGCCCAGGCUCUUCAGUCUGGACAGUCGGUGAAAGUUUCCUUCCAGACGACUCCGUCUCCAAACUUCUUCUUCAGUAUCGACCCACGGGGGGCGCUGGCUGAGAUGGGCUGGUUCCUCUACCCGUCCUUCACUUUUGUCAACUGGCAGUCCGAGUGGUUUGAAUUUUCUGCUGAUCUGCAGCUCAAACUCCAAAGUCCUGCAGAAGUUGUUCGAGUGUUUGAUGAGGUCAGAAUGCAGGGCGAUAAAGGAGCCGUGACCUCAGUCGACCUGCCUGCAGACUUGUGGCGCUUUGACACCCUGGAGCUGGACGCGUCUCUGUCGUGUCCCAGCAGGAGGGACUCGUCCUGCGCUCAGUGGGACCACACGGUUCAGUUGUUUGUUUGCUGCGACCCGCUGAGUCCGUACUGCAACGUGGAGCUGGGCCGCUGGAUCACCGCCUUCCGCAGAGGGACAGGACACUGGCUGACGGACGUGUCCCCUCUGACCCCCCUGCUGGACGGGAACAAAUGCACCUUCACCAUGAAGACGGUGCCGUGGGCGAUGCCUUGGCUCGUCUCCCUCAACCUGAGGUUCAGCAGCAACAAUCAGACAGAUGACGGCAUGGACAAGCUCCGCCCCUUCAGGGUCCUGUCUCUGUACGGUGGGGGAACCUUUGACAAAAACUACAACAAGAGGUACUCUCCGCUGAAAUUUCCCGUCCCGUCAUCGGCCAAGAAGGUGGAGCUGUACGCCGUCAUCACCGGACACGGCAGCGACGAGAACGAAUGCGCAGAGUUCUGCGUCACCUCCCACCACUUCCUGAUCAACGGCGUUUAUAACAACACUCAGACGUUUGACUCUGCAGGAUCAGCUCUGGGCUGCACGACGCUGGUCAGAGACGGAGCGGUACCAAACGAACACGGCACCUGGCUGUACGGGCGAGGAGGCUGGUGUGACGGACUGCAGGUCAACCCUUGGAGGGUCGACAUCACCGAACAGCUGAACGUGAGCCAGUUUGGGUCCAACUCUGUCCUCUACUUCGGCUUGUUCGACGGCUGGGAUCCUGAUCCGGCUCAGCAGCCUGGAUACAUCAUCAUGUCUUCUUUUCUUGUCUUCUACAAGUGA